UCGGCCAACGCGGAAGUGGUUUUCGGCGCCAAUUUCGCUGUGGCUGUUUUGUAAGAAAAAAAAAGCGGCAUUUGUUGUUUAUGAAACACAGCUCUACCUUUUCGUUUUUUUAAACUUGUAGUAAAUUGCGACAAUGACUGAGAACACUUUUCCGAUUUUUAGUUUGGACGCAAUAGUUAACUUUUACCGCACAGAGAUUCUCAGCGGUCAGGAGGCGAAACACUUCACAAAGAGCGACCUGGCUCCUGUUCCGAAGGCAGAGGCGGUUCAAACGUUGUACAUGAGAGUACUGCACAUUCUGUAUCGUUUCAGACCCGAGUGUCACUCCAUGGUUCCAGUUCUGGAGAACAUUCAAUAUCCAACGUACUAUGAGGCUGCAACAGCUAUCAUGAGUGUCUAUGUUCGCAUGCGACAGUUCUUGCCCAUGUGCCUGGUGUAUGAUUUCUCAUUGAAUGACCUCCUCUUUCCAAAAAAACAGAAAACACUCACUGUUCUAAGUGGCAUCAUGAACUUCCUUAACUUCAGAAAACAGAGGAUGGACAUGAUCUUGGAGAAGCAGAGCAAAUGUAGGUCGGACCUGGACAAGUUGCAGGCUUAUAACCGAAACAUUAAGGAUGCUGAGAAGAAAAUUGACAUACUGACGACUAUCCCGCCAGAGCAGCAGGCGGAGGCUAAUGAGUUAGCAGCUGCGCUCGCAGAACUGCAGACCAGCACCAUGCACGAGUAUCAAGAAGUGAAUGUGAUCAAUGAUGCCAUUACAGAGCUGAAAACCAGAAUCGCGGAGAAGACUCAGAAACUGGCCCAGCUGAAGGUGGACAUCAGCAACCUGAAGGAAGACAUCACCAAGAUCAAGUCUCAGAUCGUGGAAUCUCCUGAGGAGCUGAAGAGUCAGAUGGAGAAGAUGAGGGAGAACGUUAAAAACAUCAAAAGCUGCAUUAAACAAACUGACGAGCGUGUGGUCGAGCUGCAGAACAUCGUGCAGAGUGUGACCCACACUGAGGCUGAGAUCCUGCAGAAGUACAGCCUGCUGCAAGACCUGGAGAGCAGCAUGAACAACGGCAAGAAGCGACAAGAAGAGAACCAAGAACUGACAGCUCAGUAUGAGAAGAGCCAGAAGGAGCUGAAGAAUUUGUACGCGGAGCAAACCCAGCUAAAAAGAGCUCUGGGCAUGAAGCUGGACAAAGAGUCCAAACAGAACAUCCGCAGGCAGAAGAAGAAAGAGAUGAAGGAGCAGCAUGUACAAGAUGUGAUGGGGCAGUGCAACCAAAUCCACCAGAAGCGCGAGGCCAUGUCCGACAGAAUCCAGGAGAUCUCCAGAGAGACGCAGCAACUGAAGGCCAAGAUCCAGAGUCUGAGGGACGUCUGCAGCGAAGAGACGAAGAAAGCACAGGCUCUGUAUGACAUCCUGUCAAUCUCUAUGGACGAACUGCACAAGAGAAUUGAGGCGAACUUCAUGGACCUGAAGCAAGACAUCACCAAGAUGUCUGCAAGUUUUUAGAUUUUGGGUCUUCAUUCAUUUCGGUCUUAUUACAUUACUAAUCAAACAUUUUGUAGCCAUUCUCAUCUUAACUGUUAUAUAAAAUGUUUAACGUAGUUGUAUUAUUUAAUAAAUAAAAAUGUUUGGGCUAUAUCA